AUGUCAGAAAAGAACAGCAAUGGCGCUAUGGUGGACAACAGUAAAUCCUUCGCGAGACCUGAAGACAGCCGCGCUGCUCUGGUCGAGCCGAUGGCGAUAGAGGAGCACGAGGUAGUCGUCGAGGAUGACCGAGAGAAAUGGGGUAAAAAAUUGGACUUCAUGCUCUCGUGCGUUGGUUACGCGGUGGGGCUGGGCAAUGUUUGGAGGUUUCCAUACUUGUGCUACGAAAAUGGUGGAGGUACGUGAUAUAGCGUACAUUCUUUGCGUAAAGUGUUGAUAAGUUACCCCGCACAAUGUUUGAACUUGUUCCCUAACUCAAGGGUCUUCCUUUGAUCACAGGCUGUUUGGCUUUCAGAAUGUUUCACGUCGAUUUCAAGCCGAAACGCUUAGAUUAACAAUUAACAAGGCUUACGAUUUGAACGCGUCAUUUUGUGGGAUCCCUCUAUUUCCUAAUCUAAUUUGCAUAAAUGCCCAGUAGUGUGUUAGAAAUAGCCGUUCGUCAGUUUGAGCGUUCUUUGCGACUAAAGGAACGAGCAGAAUAAAAAUGCAGCCGGAUUUGCAAUAUACUUUGUCGUUGGAUGAUUCUCCUUUGUAAGCGAAAGUAUCCUAAAAUUCUACAUCAAUCUCUGCGCCGCUUCUACCGGUGAUCUUUGUAUGUGUAAAUUAAAUAAACAGUAGGAACUCAGAAAGCCGGGACUCCAUGGAAGUAUCAAUUGCAAAACCGAAAUCGCUCACAGUUUUGUAGAUCUGUUAGUAGUUUUAGCAGAUCAAUUUGCGUGUCAUUUUCCUUGAGUUGUCGAUUAAUUAUGCGCAAGGUUGGGCUGUUAUCAUCGAGACCAGUCUAGAAAAAAAAAGCAUCAACGUAGAAGUAACUUUGAUCAUGUUAUAAUAGCUGAACGAAUUCAGACAGCAUGUAGCGACGUGUCGACAUUUUCUCAGAGAUGCUUUUUGUUUUCGGGUUUUCGCGCCCUUGGCGCAUCACUAAGUCGACGUGGAAACAGCAAAACCGCUACGCGUGAUUUGUUGAUAAGUGGGCGUCUAGUGAACUUCAAUAACAAUCUUUACAUUGUAAUUGUCUUUUGCCCAUCAAAGGGUUACAAAUUAAUGCAACAGUCAUUGAGACAAUCAAGGUGAUUCGAGAGACUUCCUUCCACUUUCAUUUUCUCCCAUUGAAAUGUGUUCUUUUGUUGAAAUACAAAGCCAUAAGGCAGGCGUCUAACCCUCUUUCAGACAGUUGGAAGCAACUUGAUACUUGAAACAAAUUCGUGACUGCCGGGUCAUCAUCGAAACCCGAAUAAUUUCUUAAGUUACUCGAAAACUGAAAGACAUCAACUUGUUUAACUAAUUGGUUUCUUCGCACGAUGGCAAGGUCCCUGAACAAAUUUUAUGAACGAUGGGCUCGAGCCACCCUCUCUCCUGCCUACCCCUCUCACUCUCACCGACUUGGUUUCAUCGCCAUCCUAUAGCAAGCUACUUCAUCCCCGCGAAAAUUUACACGGUAGUACGAAAGUUUUAAAAGCCAUGAUAAUACUGAAAGAUAAAAGUUACAUCAAGAUGGAUAUUUAUCGCCAAACUAAGUCAACAAAGAAGCGGAACUCUCAAUUGUUUACAAGUGGACGGGAGCGUUACUCAGGUCCUUGUCACACACCCCCAGAAAUCUACCAAUCACAAAUUUUUCUAUUAAGAGAUUGAAUGAUUUGCACUUCAUAUGAAAGUGCUUCUUUUGCUUAUAAAUGAACGACCCAUAAUUGCAAACAGAAAGCAAAAAAAAAAAAAAGAGAGACAGAAAUCAAACUCUGCUGAAAAGAAAUAUUUGCAGCACCAAAAAAUAGACAUGGUGGAAUUCAUAAAAUUUAUUGUAACCUUGUGUGUCACACUUCUCUGAAAUGAGAAACAAAAUAUAGGUCAAUGAUACUGAUACUCACCUAUUAUAUUCGCGUAUGACACGAGUCAGGUGUUAUAUUUCUCUUUAAGACCCUGCUUGAACUGCACACCGGCGAAUGCCUAUGGCAUCCGCUAAAAUUCUUUAACUUGUUUCCAGAUCUUUGUUAAUGUAUCUAGUGAGGAGUUCCGUUGGAUUACUAGAAAUGCCUCGAAACUGAAAAUUUUCCUCUGCGAUUGACCGCGAAUUUGCAACCAGUUUGGCCGCGAGUUUUGAUGUUUUCAAGAUGGUUUUUCCGUUUCAUCCCGAUUGAGAUUGACCUUUAGGAGCUCAAAAUGAAAAUAAAAAUUUGUUUAUCCGUCAACGUGUGUUCAUGGGAAUAUGAAUCACGCAAGAGGAGUGGUGAGCACAAGGAAAGGGUAAGAGUUGCUCGAGGCAUUGCUCGAGGCGUAGGUCUUCAUUUUCCACUUUCGAAAUCGGGUAAGUUAUUCAACAGCUCUUAUUUCAACAGAGCUUGUGUUGGUCAAAAGACAAUUCAUUUAACAUUCAUGUCGCGCUGUCUUUCUCAAAGUUGUCAAUUUGUUUCUGAGAAAACCGUUGCGUUGACAAUAUUUACAAGCGAUUGUCUCAUCCGUCAGCUGUGUUCAUAGAGAUAUUCAUGAAGCUAGACUUGCCCGCGGCUACGCCUCGAGCAACUCCAAGCCUGGUUUUCAUUUAUGGGGAAAAUCCCAUUUUACUGUUUCCCGAAAAUUCCAGAAUUUGUCGAUAUAUCGAGAGAACUACAGAUUUCUCCCCAGGCCAUUUUUACUUUAAACUCGGGUUACUGUGUUUUUUGUCGCACUUUGCAAUACCUGUCGGACUUCGAAGAAGCGUUCCCGACUUUCUCGAUUUCUCAUCAACCAUCCCACAAAGUCCGAAAUCCCUACGAUUGCGAGUUUAUCGGAAAAUCUGGGACGGUUGUGAAAAAUUUGGUGUUACGAUUGAAUUUAAGUUUAUUAAUAUCGUGACGACAUAUGUUGAUGAAAAAUCUAAAGAUGCGAAUUGGCCCUUUGGAGAAGUCCAUUUAGACUUUCGAAUCUGAAGUGUUUCGUAAGUAUCUUUGCUCGAGGUGUUAGAAUCAUCCUCUUUGUCGUGAAAAUAGCUAGGCUUUCAAUUGAACGCAGAGAAGGAAUUUUUCAACGUCUUGCUUGGCUCAAAAUUCGUUGAUUAUAGCAACAUAAUAUGUUGCUAUAACCGACGGCAGUUUGCAGCCUUUCCCUACAUCUAGGUAGUUCGGAAAGCCGCAAAACUCAAGAACAAAAAUUUAUAUUUCAAAUCGGUAGGUAGCAUAUAGCAGCUUGCGGCCUUUCCUUACAUCUAGGCAGUUUGAAAAGCCUCAAAACUCUAGAACAAAAAUUUAUCUUUCAAAUCGGCACUCUUAUUCCCCACGGUAUCAACGGGUGCUUUUCAUUCAACUAAUUUAUUCUUAUUUUCUCGCCACCAUAUUCUCACCGAUAGCGUAGCUUCAAUUUCUGCAUAUAAAUAUACACACAACCCACAAUUCCUCCAUUCGCUCUGAGGAAGGGCUAAUGCUCGAAAAGUCAGCUUUGAAACCAUUUACGAUGGCCAAUUUUUGUUAUUAACUCAGUUGAUAAUACUAAAUUACCCAGCUUACUCCCAGUAUACAAUCACCCCUCUACAGAAACAAUUAAGACCGACUGUCUUUACCCGCUUCCUGAUCAAGGCUGUGGGUUUUAACCCAGCAUCUUAAGAAGCAAACUGAAGAUAUCGAUUGGCAAGUAGUCGACGCGCUGGGGUCUGUAUCAAGACUACGUUCCGACACUCGCUAGGUCACUGUGACGUAUUUGUUUCACACAGUUCGUCUCCUCAGCACUUGAAUAGAUUGCAGACUUUUACUACAUUACCACGAAUACACUUUCGCAAUAAAUAAGAUGAUAAUAAUAAUAAUAAUAAUAAUAAUAAUAAUAAAUCAAAUUAAGCAGUUGACAUUCCACGAGAUAGCUCUUCUUCUCUUCUUUUUUCCUGGUCGAAUUGGAAUCUGGUUUUUGUGGAGGGAGUAAAACACCCUCGGAGCAAGGACGGGAACCAGCAACAAUCUUAACCCACACGAGACACUAGGUCCGGGAAUCGACCCGGGCCACAGUGGUGGGAUGUGAGCGCUCUCACCACUGUACCUGCUACUGCGCCAUCCCUGUUUCUCCUACUAGAACAAACACAAAGGCAGUAUCAAGUAAGGAGCUCAUUAACGAGUAAUGGGCUCUAAUUAGGAGUUAAUUCCGCAGGGAAAUGUUCUUAAAGAUUUCGCCUUUUUCCCAACUUAAAAGAAAUAUUUCGUAUUGAUUUGACAGCAACUUUCCUGAUACCAUACUUUGUGAUGCUUGCAAUCAAUGGGAUCCCUUUGUUUUAUAUGGAACUGGCAAUCGGUCAAUACCUGAGUCUUGGAACUGUUGGAGCCUGGACAGCUCUCUGCCCUAUGGCCAGAGGUGAGCCUUUUGGUUAUACUGCAGUUAAUAUUUUUAUUAUAAAACUCGAAAUAACUCAGAUAAUUUCUUUACAGAGUUAUUUAAUAUGCUCAAGAUACAAAAAUGUUCGAGCUUCCAAUUGAAAGCAAAGAUUAAGCUGAAAGACAAUAAGUUAGAUAUAAAACUUAGACCAUUUUGCUUGGGUUUUGUUCUCAUAGGAAUUGGAUUUGGAAUGAUCAUGGUUUCCUUUCUGGUGUCCAUUUAUUACAACAUGAUCAUCGCCUGGUGCCUUCUCUACAUGUUUCAGUCCUUCAGAAAAGACGUACCUUGGAGAACAUGUGGCAAUACAUGGAACACUCCUCUUUGUCAGUAAGUAGGAAAGUAACACCAAGAAUUAAUAUUGGUCUUUUCUGUUUGUUUGUUCUUAUUGUUUUUCGUUUCUGUGGGUGUUUGAUUUUCGUUGUCAUGAUUGAUACCUGCCAUAAAAAAGUGAGCUUGCAUAUUAUACCGACUCAAAUCGCUUGAGCAGUUGUUAUCCGUGCUUUAUUCUGGAUAACAUAUUCAUCUAAUUUUGAAAACUUGUUUGCCCAUCUUUUGUUUUCAUCCUGACAGAGCAACGGGAAGAAAUAUCUCAUUGAACUGCACAGGUCUAGGCCUCGCCGCUGACUGCAAGAGUACCAGCCCAUCUGAAGAAUUCUUUAAGUAAGAGACAUUACCCGAGUAAAUUUUAUAUCCCAUUGUUUCAAAGAUCAUCAGCACUUUCCCUGAUGACGUAUUCCGCUCAGGUUGUCGAAAAAAAUUCGACGACACCGCAACAGAAUUACAGGAUUAUGCUCACUCAGGGGUACAUGCACGUUUAGGUUUGCGUAUCGGCGGAUUUGUGCUAAAAAAAAUCUUUCAAUAUUUCGGGGUCGAGAGAAAUAUAAAAAACCUUUCCGUCUGCCUAAAAAUCAGUUUUUAAAGGUAUAACGCUCUCUUUGACAGGGAAAGAAGACUUUAGAUAAAAUCCAAAGGCUGUAAAUGAAAAGCACAUCCCUCUAAUCUGAGGGAUCAAAAUACUUUAUUUUUAUAACAGGUUUUCGGUAUUCCGUUUCCUAUUUUUAUUUUCUCGGAAUACGGAGGUCAUUCCCUUAAAAUUCGAGGAUGUUUUCCGCAGUCCAUAGUAUUUUCAAGGAUGCCCGAGGGAUUAGCUUUUUCUGAGAUCCUGCUCCAUAUUCUAGCUCAAAAAUAAUGCGCCGAUCAGUUCGAAGCAACAUUCCCCCUUCCCCCACUCCUGACAUUUGAACUUUUGAACAUUGGCUCGUUCGAAUUUCCGCCCUCCCUUUAACCCCCACUCAACCCGGGGCCGAAAUUGCGCUCAUAUGCCCCACCCAAUAUUUAAUGACUCUUUGUGUGAUCAACAAGUGUUGUACAACUUAGAAAAGUCACGAAUCAGUUUUCGGUACUGCCGUUGGGUUUUCCACUUGUACGCAUCUUUCUUCGAUGUAAAAAUUCUUCCUAAGCCAUAAUCUUACGAAAUCAGACUCUUUACCUUUAAACGCCUCCAUUAAAUCACGUGUAUACGCUGGAAGGACUUGAACCUUCCUACCCCACCCAUGAAAAGCUCAAAUUCCCCACCUAUCGGGCAUAGACAACGGUCAAAUGCCCGUGGGUUGCCCAAGGGGGUAUGUGGGGAUGUGGAUGGGAUCAGAUUCGAACUGAUCCGCCCAUAACUCUUGUACAAUAUAGAUAUCAACAUGACAAAGCAGAACAUAAGAAUUACCGUGAUCAAUUUUCCGGUACGGAUUUGUUGACGACUUUUUUUUCCUUUUCCUUUUUUUUUCCUUUUUCCUUUUUUCCUCUAGCAAUAACAUCCUGAAGAUAUCCGAAGGCUUGUCUGACAUCGGGGAUGUGAGUUGGCAAAUCGUCUUGUGUUUGAUCCUUGCUUGGGUCAUAAUCUACCUUUGCCUUAUAAAGGGAGUGAUAUCCUCUGGAAAAGUAAGUAAAAACUAAACAUUGUUUGGGGAAAAAAAAGAAGAAAACGUGAAAGAAAGAGACAAAAUUCAGCAUGUUAGAAGCGUGACUAUUGUUAACAGACAUAUGUUAUUGUUAAGAAUGUAGAAAAUUGGCGGUAAAGUUAAAGGUCGGCCUGAAAAGCCGAAAGAUAAUGAUUAUUUACCGAAGUGGAAGUGAAAAAUUACUUCUUACUAAUCUAACGCGAGGGCCGUAUUGGGCAAAAUUCCGACCAAGAAUAGACCAAUGAAAACACUCGAAUUUACUUAAAGACAACCUUAGACGCAUGGAUUGGUCUCUUCGGCUGCUCGGAGGUAAGUAGUGCUAAAUAAUCACCUCCGACCUAGCCAAUCAGCGCGCGCGAAAAGCGCUGUUCUUCUUCGAGUUUUAUCCUAAUUGAAAUACGUCCUAACCUGGAUGAGGCAUAAUUUAGCUGUAUCAUGGAAUGUAUUACAAUCUAAGAGCUAGAGAGAUCAAAUCGUGAUUAGAGGCCUUAUCUCGUAGCUGAUCCUACUCAAAGAAAUUUUAGCCCUAAGGUAUUUCUGGUCUCGCGGAAAUGACGUAUUAAGUUUCUUUGCUGCUUUGGUAAAGAACGAGUGGAUGGAUAGGAUAUAAAAACAUGCCUUCCUCGACUCCCCAGCUUUCAGUAGAAAGUUACCUUGAUUUCAUACCUUCCUCCUUAUACCUGACUGGAGGUCAAUUUUCUCCUCCAGGUUGUUUACUUUACUGCUACUUUUCCAUAUAUUGUACUUUUUAUCCUGAUGAUUCGCGGUGCCACUCUGGAUGGUUCGUUACAAGGAGUAAAAUUUUAUCUCAACCCGGAAAUCGGCAAGCUGAAGGAUCCACAGGUAUAACUUCAAUUUGGACUGUUUCCGUCAAUUUUCAAAUUAAAAGAUGGCUUGACGACUUUAUCAUUUGGCUUUUACUUGCUCGUCGUGUCUCACGAUUUGAAAAAUUAUGCACUUUGCGAAUUGUGUUUUAGGUUUGGGUUCGAGCUGCAUCGCAGAUCUUUUACUCCCUCGGAGUAGGAUUUGGAUCACUGAUCACGUUUGGAAGCUACAACAGAUUCAAUAACAACUGUGAAAGGUAAGACUGUCACAGUUGUGGGAGAUGUGAUUGAUGGUGGUUGUCUUUAAUGAGAAAGGGCUAAAAUGACAAAUGGAAAUUGCAUCCUACUUUGAGACUGCCCAGUACUUCUUUCAUGCAGUCACUCUACUCCGCAUAAAUCAGGUUUUUUUUUCAGUGGCAUGCAAACAUUCAGGCUCCACUAACGAUUGUUGGAGUCGAGCGUCUUCAGACAUACACUUAACAUUUCUAACCAGCAAAGGUAACUGUUUUUUGAGUAUGGAAUAGUGAAAAUAGCAGUUGAUGUCGUUCCUUCAUCACAUCCCUUAUAAAAGAUCAUUAUUUCUAACCAGCAAAUCAAGAGUUGCAUGUACUCCACGAUAAAAUGCGAAAGGGAAAUGAAGCCCUGAUUUUUCCUAUUUUUCUUCUAAUCCCACAGAAAGAUAGGAACUCUUACCUCAAUAACAACAACUACAAAUAUCUUCUCACGAAGCAAAUAUUCGACCUUUAUGGCAUACUUUUCAAAUAAAAAUGAUUUCCACUGAAGAAAUAGACCAUUGCCCACUCCCACUCGCUCGUCUACAAGCUCCUUAUAUACUCUUUUGUUAUUCACAGGGAUGCUAUCAUCGUGAGCGUAAUAAAUUGCGGUACAAGUUUCUUCGCGGGAUUUGUAGUGUUCAGUGUCUUAGGAUUCAUGGCUAAGACAUUGGAUGUUCCAGUGGGGGAAGUGGUUACAUCAGGUAAUCAGUCGUAUAUGCUACAUACGUCUAUGACUGGGGUGGAACUUCGAAUUCAUCCUUUCCAAAAGCACGUACAAUUUUUUUCCAAUUCUUCUGUAGUUGUAUGCGGGUAAGAUCAUUUAGCAUGAAUAAAAAAAUCUAAAAAGCAAAACAGCCAGAAUAAGCAUGUAGUUAAGUAUUCUCCAAUCAUCUUCGUUACCUCCCGACUUGAUAGGGGUGUUUUCAUGCAGGUAUAAAAAAAGGAUCAUCCAAUCUGAAAACUGUAUCCCAAUCAUUUCAUAACCAAAUUAUAGUGUGAUAUACAUAUAUUAGUGUUUUUAUUGAUAUAUAUGUAGUUACAAUUACUUAGUCUGAUAGAAGUACCUUUUACGAAUUUGUCACCAGGUCCCGGGCUUGCAUUUGUGGGUUAUCCAGAGGCCAUUUCACAAAUGCCUUUAAGCACAUUAUGGGCGAUCUUGUUCUUUUUCAUGUUGCUUACUCUUGGGUUGGACAGUCAGGUAAUGUAUUUGCAUGGUUGUUCAGUUGCUUGACAAAGAGAUGAGUUUGAUAAACAGAUACGUUUGAAAAGUAGUUACGUAUGUAGGUAGGUAGCUGAGUACCCACGUGAGUACGUGGUCAGUGCGUAGCUGGAUAAGUUGAUAGACGGGUUGUAGCCGGCAUAGGUAGGGAGGUAGGUGGGUACAGUGUGGAAAGGGGAGUGGUUAGGUAGGUGGUAGCUAGCUAGCUAGCUAGGAAGAUUAGUUGAUAAGCUUAAAGACAGAUCUACCGUAUUUACCUAGGGGGUUUUUAAGUUGGGUUCAACCUGCCUAAUCACUAAAUGUUACUAAGAGAAGUUGAUGAAUCAUCACGAGAAGCAAAUCCUCCUGAACUCAUUUUACUCUCUUGGCCCUACAGUUCGCUAUGGUAGAGUGUGUCGUAACAGGUCUUUCAGAUGAGUAUCCAAAAUACCUCAGAAAGUACAAGUGGCUAUUCCUCAUCGCCGUCUGCGUGUUAAUGUUCCUGCUCGCCAUACCCAUGUGUGCUGAGGUAGGAAUCGACUGUUUGCUAUUGUAUAGUUGUGUGAUCUACGCAUGCAAAUGCUGAAAUUCCAUAGUCAUAUACCUGUGUUUAAGGUAACACUUUUAGACGAUGAAGCAUCAUUGUAUCAUUGUACCCUGAGAAAUAUAUGUAACACCUUACGCGACUACAUACCAUUUCUACCAUUUGAAAAAAAAAAAUCAAGUGGUUAUUGCGUAUGACACAUCAGUGAUGUACACACCACGACAGUAGUAUAAACAUGGAAACCUGAGUAUUAUUGCCUUAUAGUCUCAUCCAUCUUUCCGUCCUGUUUACUGGUUCUUACCUGUCGCUUUGUUUGCCUUUUGUCUAUUUGUUUGUUUGUUUGUUUGUUUGUUUGUUUGUUUUGGCAGUUAAUUCAACCUUCAUCAACUAAAAUGUCUAUUUUUAGGGCGGCAUGUACUUGUUCAACCUAUUCGACGCUCAGUCAGGCGGCAUCUCACUUCUUUUCAUUGGAUUUUGCGAGGCAGCUGUUAUAGGCUGGGGAGUUGGUGAGUGUAGAUCACAGAAGUUACUAUUAACACUCCUGAGUGUUAUGCUGUAUGUUACGGACCAAGCAAUAGGAUAGUAAGAAUUGCGUUGGCAUUAACUUCACUCACGUUUUGAAAGGGAAGAUUGAAUCAGUGAAGGCAGGACACCAAAAGACUUUUUUAUCACAUCGCGGUGAUAGAGUGGUUUUUUUUUUUAAGUUUGCACUAAUAUUUUUUUAAAAUUGAUGAUUACGUCAUUGGCUCUCUUUGCAACAUAAGGUAUUUUAGGUGAAGAUUGGAACAAACUGCAACCACCGGUAGAGCACCUGUUUUCACUGAUUCCUUCUGAAAACUUAAUGGGCAAGGCAACUCUUCUGGUUGCUGUCUGUACACGUAGCAAUUUUUUUUAUCAUUUUGUUAUUAUCAUUUUAGGCACGCAGACACUCGGUGACAUGAUUGAAAAGAUGAUUGGCAAGCGUCCUAAUAUCUUCUUCCUGAUUUGCUGGAAAUACAUUUCGCCUCUUGCUACUCUGGUGCGGUAUUCUUAGUUUGUUUGUUUCUUCCUUCAUCAUAAAAUGAAACUAAGAAUAUGAUAAAAGGAACGAGAAGGGUGGUCUAUAGCUGCCAAAGAUAAUUUCGAUUUCCAUGGCAUGAAAGGACUACUUUCACUACCACUGAAAGGGGUGCCAGUCCUCACCUAACGUACCUCCAAAUCAUUCCGCCCGUCAACUCCACCACAAACAUCACCACCAGCACCACCUUUUUUCCUCCAUUUUUUUUUUUUUUUUUUUUUUCAUGUUCGAGAAUUUUGUCUAUGGUUUUGGUCAAUUUAUGAAUAGGAUAAACCGUGCUGUCGUGAGUUUAUCUUAGUGUUAUUUAUUAUUAUUAUUAUUAUUACUAUUGUUAUAAUUAUUCAGGUGAUUAUUCUGGCGAGUUUGAUUCAAUGGUCCGGCCUCUCUUACAACAACAAGCCUUACCCUGCAGGGGGUGAAUUCUUGGGGUGGUUACUCGCACUUGCCUCAAUGGUGAUGAUUCCAAUAUUUGCGAUCCUCCAGUACAUCUACAACUCCAGAGGAACAACUGUACUUGAAGUAAGUGUCGGAUACAACCUGCAAAUUUCGAGGUGCGCAUUCUUUGCUGGCUUUGAUGGGGUUCAUCCUCAGAGAAUAGAAUUAUCCAUAUUUAAUUAAUCUUGUCUCGUCGUUUAUACAAUAUCUUCAUUUUUCCUAUCUACGACUUUUAUAUGGAGGAUACUUGUUUGUUAUUUUGAUGUUGUUGUCACCGCUUUCCGAGCCAUUUCAAAGUUGAGCGUAGACUUUUGGACUCAUUUACAGAGACUGAAGUCGUUGCUUGUUCCAAAUGAACACGCAUUUAAAGAGGUUGAGGAGAAAGAGGGGAUCUCACAGAAGAAGUUGGUAAUUAAAUGAAACCUUCCAUCAGGUAUAGUUUCUGGUUAUUUCAACAACUAUGUUUUCUUUUUCUACCUCUCAAGAAGGCGGGGAAGGCCAAAAUAUCUAAGGUUUAGAAUCUCUCUAACUCGCCCUACCCUACCACCCUACCCCCUUCCCCACUCCAUAUCCCCACACAACCCCCCUCACCUCCUUUUCCACCUCCCUCCACUAAUUAGAACGUUUGGUUAACAAUAAAAAUUCGUUAAAAUCUAUGAUCUUCUUGAGAAUUUACGAGUAAUAAGAACCCGAUAAAAACGUCUUCGAACUUGAUCGAGUGACCAGCGAAACAGCUCACUCAGUUACCUCAAAUUUUUAAGGCUCCACUACCUCUCUUGUUCGCAAAAGACCAUAUCAGUUUGAAAACAAACUAGAAGAUAACAUCAAUCACUUAAAAAUGUGUCACAUUCAGGUACAUAAAGACUUUCCAGUUUCCCUUACUCAGAAGCAAGACCAUACAGCAAUUCAAAUUUUAAAAAAUCUCAUUUCAAUUUCCAAAAAGACAAGUAAUGAAGGCAUUAUAGAGAGGAUGUGUUGCAUUGGCCAGAUGUUCAGUUGUCUUUCUGCCUGUUUCUACCUUUGUUUAAAUUAUAUAUUAACUGUGCGUUUUUUUUGAGUUGGUUCUAAAAUGUUCCUUUUACGUUGGUUUUCAGCCCGCAUCCCCUAUCCUGCAUCAUCUGACGUAUUUGCAAAAUGCACCUUAUAAAAAAAUUUGGAAAAGCUAUUUUAGUCAGGUUAUCUUAGAAUUUAGUAGUACAAUUGCAUCAGGUUACCUUCUCUGUAAAUACUACCUCGCACUUAUAAAAGCUGCCAAAGCACUUAAAUAGUUUCAUGAAGGCUUAAUAUAUAAAUACGGUCGCAAUUCCAUUACAUGGUGUUGAUUAGGACAUUCGUGCAGGAAUAUAAUAUUAGAGAUUUUUUAAUAAUUUUAUUAAUUAAAAGAUAGGAUUUCAUUUUUGUUAGCAAUUCUGGAGUGCCCUGAAUUUCUCAUUUGAUUCAAAAUGAGUAAUUAAUCUUGCCUCUUGAGCUGUAUCGGUUCCUUUCCUCGAAAUAGAUGAAUAUCAUCAACUGAUACUCUCUCAAGGGUUUACAAUACGUUAAGCUUCCUUAAUUGCAUGACGAAUUUUUUUUGCCAUAAAAUGUAACUUACAGAAAUGAUAGUGUGAGAAUUAGAGCUUGAAACGAUUUAAACGGAUUAGGAAUGCUGUGCUUAACUUACUUUUUUCAAGAGGCCAAAAACUAAGAAGCACCUUAGGAAAUGUAUAGAUAACAGUAUGGAUAAUGUACCUACUGAUGUUAGGAUGUAAAGGGUUUAAAUCUAUUCUAGUAUUGACGUUUGGAACUGAUGUAGUUUUCUGUAUUUUCAUGAAUUUUAUAACUGGUGUGGGUGAUGUUAUUUGAUGGUUCGUUAAAUAAACCUUUGAAAAAAAUAAUUUUGCAUCUCUUGAACCACACUUUACCAAUCCAACAUCAAAAAGAUAGAUCUCACUGCGUGGGUGGGUGGAUUUAAGCGGUCAAGAUUGAGACUCGAUAACUUAAGAGAACUUCCACAGGCUCAAUAUAUGUUUGGACUGACAUGUUGUUUUAUAACCCAAAUCACAGUCUGUCUCGCUCCGGAAACCCCGACUGUUCUUUCAUCGCCGCCGAGAAUAAAAAUUUCGAGCUUCAAGCUCGUCUCUCUUAAUUCCGUUCAUCAUGACAAGCUAUCAUCCAAACGAGUCUCCGGCGUAGCCGUCUUUUGAUCAUGUCACGCAAAGCUUUAGAACGCGGUAUGUAACGUGUCCGAAACUGAAAACAGCUUAAGCGUCCUGAUCAAUCGUCAUUACUGUCCUUCCUCUCACCAUCAGAAAGCUCUUAUCGAGCGACCGCGCAGCGACAGUUUUUCGACAGCAGAAAUGGUCAGUAAACAUCAAAGAAUAAACAAAAUAAAUAAUCUUUGGAGAAAUUUAUGAUAAUCAAACAUGCACGAUAAGAAUAAGGUAAGAAAAUAAUAAGAAAUAAGAAAAUAAAAAAAGAUGCCGGACUAGUCCAUUCUCAGUGAUCAACGUAAGCAGCAUUUUCAUUUAAAAGUGGGAGUCAGUGCCAUCGUAAACAGCAAACGGUCAGCCCAAGGAGGGUAAUCAGUCUUCAACCAGCAUGUCUGUGGACAAUAACGAGAGCAUCGAGGCAGAUUUCAUUCUCUCCUCUUUGAGGUACUCCCUCUGCCGCGGGCCAGAAUAUCAUGGAUAAGAGCAUAAGGAAUAGUAAUGUCGUACACAAACGCGGACCUGUUGAUUUUACUACAGUGAGCCCACUUGAGGAAGAUAAAAGUAAGCGUAAUAUCAGGUGCAUUUCGUGAUUUUUAUGAGCGCGAGGGAUGUUUUGAAAGUCUCCUGGAAUUGCACAAGCCUUAGGCGAGUGUAAUUUCACAUAAAAACACGAAUAAUUCUUGUAUUUGUUGCAUUACAUUUUUCACAAUUUGUAUUCUUACGCGAUCUUGUACGUCCUCGGCGCACAUAACUUCAACACUUUCACAAGUUUGAAAAAGUCGCGAUUUUUUUUUGGAUACUUUUUGUUGUGUUGAUUUUUUGUUUGUUUGUUUGUUUGUUUAUUUCCAGAGAGAAAGUUUCGAGAGGGUGCAAUAUAAAAAUUCCCUAUUUCAAAGGCAUUGACCAAUCAAAUGCGAAAUAUUCUGUCUUGUAUGUAAUAAGCGACACGAUAGAACAUUUCCGUCGACUGCCUUUUAAAAGUUUACAACAAACGAACUGCUGUGCAUAACGUUAUUGUAGAAUCAGAAAAGAGAGGCUUUAAGCAAAAUCAAUUUCAGGUACCAAAUGUGCGAUUUGUCAAUGACUACUUGGCGUAGCGGGUUGAGUCUCUCUUGCCUCAUAUUCAUUUUGCUCGCACGUUACAGUACGUAGAGGAUUGAAACAGGGAUUGAUUUAUAAUCGUAAUGGGACUAGUGGGAGUCCAAUUCGGUCUGUAAUUAUACAAGUGAUUAACAAAAUUGGACGACUGCGAAGUGGGAGUUCGAUUUGUCAAUUACCAGUAUGAUUACAGACAAAACUGGACGACACAAAUUCCUGUAACCAACUAAUCAUAACCAUUACAAUUUCCGAAAAUAAAAAUACAUGUAGAACAAAUACCUCCAGUGGAGACAAACUUGAAAAUUAAAAAUUCCUCCAUUUCGGAAAUUUCCCAGUUUUUCUUAGGAUAGGGGGUUGUUGCUAUGUUUAUUGUGAUCGAUUCUGUUAUUGGUGUAUUUAACUGAGUGGACUAAGUACGAUUGGCUGCUUCACUGUGUUCGAUUACAAGUGUCGGAAUGCAGCCAACUGUCCGAUCACCACUGUCCGAUUACAACUUUACAAAAGUGAAAAAGAUAGCAGUUACCGCACAAACCAAAUCUGAGGAAAUUGUCAUGGUUAUGAUUAAUAGCUUAAUUCACGCGAAAUAUGACAAAACAGCCCACCAAAGAGAACAUCAGUUAACCCUCCACACCAAUCCACGCUCACAAUAGUAUUGAUGGGGGAAGGGAUGGUUGAGCUCUUUCUCAGAGUAUUCCGAUGUAUUUCCAUUUUUUUGAAAACAUUCACGAUCGAUAGUCAUGUCGUUUUGCAAUGACGAGUUGAGAUAAACAUUAUGGGUUAUUAAGCAAUGCUUAUCAAAUUCGAGCGUCUGGGGUCUUCUGAGGGCAUUUGACGCUAUUGUACAGGGCGAAGUAUGUUUUAACAAAAUCAGUAUUAGGUUUCUAAAAUAGAUUUUUUCUUUGGCUCCUCUUCUCUUUAGCAGUUGUAAAAUGUUCGUAAAGACUACUUUAAAGAUUUUACAUUGACCGCCCACCUAUAAAUCAGACCCUCAAAGCUGAAUGGAAUAAAAUUAUCGAGUGAAAGAAUGAUUACAAAGUGAUUUUCGGCUAUUUAUAAUUUUUGUCAUUGCAGUAUAAUGAACUGACUUAUUGAAAAUUUGUGGUAAGUCACGUAAUUAUAAAUGAAACUUUCUCUGGCUCUUAUUUUGCAAAGUUGAUGCUUAUGCUGACAAUCAAUUUGAGACUCAAAAAAUAAGACUCAAAAAUAUGUGAAAUAAAAAAUUACUAAAUAUUCUUUUCAGUAUUACAGGAAAUUUGAUCAAUCUUUGAUGUUAUGGAGAUUAUUGUUCAAUCUAUGCUAAAGUUUGAUUGAAAAAGUCUGCCUUCAUCUUUUAAACCCUCAAGACAGACAAGACUCAGAAAUCAAGGAAGUUGUGGUACCGAUAGCUAAUGGCUGAAUAGUAAUUAGCUUCGCAACGCGUCUUGCGUUCAACAUGAAUACAUUUCUCGGUAAUCAGUAUCUAAGGUAUCUAAGUUGAACAUAUUCGCUCUAGAAGAACAUUUUCAAAAGAAGCUCUAAAUAAGUUUUAUAGGGUCAGGUUUACUCAAAACGGAAAUGCCACAAGAUAUCUCGGUCAAGCUUAUCUCUUGUAAUAGCUUCAAUUAAAAAUAGAAAAAUAUACUUUGGUCCUAAAGAUUGCACGUGUAAUUCGAGAAUCAUCUCAGACGGCUGAGGGGAAGACAGUCCAAUAUCAGUUUUUUCCCCUGAAGCUUUUCGUCAUCUAUCUACCUUUAAAAUGUGGCAUGCUUUGGAACUAUGUUAGAUCUAGAUAAUAAAAGCCUAAGUAGCAAUGCAAAUCACUUGGAUAGACAAUCCGUAUCACGGAAAAGCGAACCGAAACGUUGAGAAGGUUUAAAGCCCCCGCAGUCAAUCGAUUACGUCACUUUCAAAGUCAACAACAUUUAUGAAGAAAGAGAAUUCACUCAGUCAGCGGUCUGUACCGAAGAUGAAAAAAAAACCUGCAGGAUGUAUUUUGAUGUGUGAAGGGAUUGAAGGAUGUUACGAAGAAAGGUUUGUCAAAUUAAAACAGAAGCUAAGCAUGCAUCGAUAUUUUCGUGACCCAGAUCCCAACCGCAUCCCAAAAUAAGUCAUCGGGAGUAAAUUUUAGGAACUGAAAAUUAACUGUGGGCUGCAGUUGGCCGGUGGGGUUUCCGUUAAAAUCUAACCUGGGAACAUUCUCGGGGUGCGUUUUGACUCAGCUAAGGCAAGUCAGAUCCAAAAUUCACUGACCCAGCAAUAAAUCAUGCUGAACAGACCGGAUUUCUAGGUUGGGCAGAAGCCGGUAACGGCACAAACUGCUAGAAGCCGAUAAUGGCCCAAACUGCUUACGUGAACUUGAAUCACUGAGAAUUAUACAAACGUGGGAUAAAAAAGAAUUCGGAAAUGAAACUUGUGAGAUAAUUUAAUUUUAUAAAAACUUCCCUCGCUGUCGAAAACAUCCAACUUGGCAAUGUGUCUAUUGAAAGACGAGACCUCGAGGUCUAUUCAAUUAAUGCAGGGGGUUUAAUUUUCAGAUCCAGUGACAGUAAUUAGCUCAAUAGGAUGUUGCUGUUAACAUAAGUUUAGGAAGAAUACGCAUUUAGAAUAUGAAAAACAUUCGUCAGAAGUUGGAAAUGUUUAUUUUCGUCUUUUCCUUCCUUGGAAGCUAAUUUUCUCUGAGUUCCUGUUAUUUUCAGCAAUUCCAUUAGAUGGAAGUCAUUGUUUUCAUUCUCAGUCAGUUAUACCUACGUGACUCAUUGCUCUGAAUCAUUACUGAUUCUAAAAUGCGUAAAAAUCAACUAGCGACGAUUUCAUAGAAAAUUCUGCGAUCUAAAACUCACAGCACUCUUGAAACAAUUAUAUCAUAAUCCACUCAUCAACACUCAGUAUGAAAUCAGUUGAAAACAUCAGUUCAAUGUUGGCAUCAAGUCUUGGGUCAAAUCAUCCGAUUAAAAGGUCACAAAGGGGGGGGACAGGAACAAGCAGUGAAUUUUUCAAUUAAAAAAUGGGUACGUACGUGUUUGUGCGAAACCAAGUCACAGAUAUCACACUACUUAAAAGCAUGCAUUGGCUGAAGCUAGCCAGUUUAUUCUUCUUGAGCAUCAACACACAUCAGGUGUCAGUGCAGUUAUGGCGAGCAAACACGACUCCGAACUUCUGAGUCCCUUGAACUCUUCAAGUGAAGAAACCAGGCCUGGUGCGGCUGUUGAAGAAGAAGAUGGAAAGCGAGAGCAGUGGACAAGAAAACUUGAUUUUCUCUUAUCGUGCAUCGGUUAUGCUGUGGGACUCGGCAACUUGUGGCGUUUUCCGUAUCUUUGCUACAUCAAUGGAGGAGGUGAGAUAUCAUUUGAUAAAAUACGUCUAUAUUUAUAUCGUUGUUUUAACCUUCUCGCUUUCAAUAGGUAUAAAGAAAAACUGGAGUAAUCAGCAUGGCUGUAAAUUUUCCUCGCAAAGUAUUGAUUUGCUCCGCCUUGUGUUUCGAUUUUCUUUUUCAAAAUCGCCAAAACACAUCGUCAUGACUGCUCUGCUAAACUACUACCUAAUGGAAAGGAAAAAAUUGUACCUAAUCCAGAAAAAUAAACAUUACAGAGGUCAACGUAUAAAAAUAGAUAGUAAAUUUUGAGCUAAUCUUUCCAUUGAAGAAAGAUGUUGAACGAUUUUUUUUCACAACUGUGGGACAAGAAAAUAAGUUCACUACAAGCUCAGGAAGAUUCGAACCUCUAAAUUUAGAAUUUUACGGUUGAAUCCUCUUCCGAAUGUUGAACGGCUGUGGUGAUUGUCUAGUCGUACUAAUAGGAUGAGAAAUUUGGAAAGCCUCGUGUUUAUAAAUAUAUUAAGAAAGAUGGUAAAUUUAGAGCCCGGUCCUCGGGCGAAGAAAUCUCUUUAUAUUUGAUACAAGCGUGAGAAGAAGACAUUUUAGAGCACUUAUCUUUAAUUAGUAAAGUACUUCUCGUAAAAAAUAGAUUAUUUGUUGAUAGAUUUAAAACAACAACAAGCGAACACACAACCCCAAAGAUCUCGUGUUGCUAACGGCUUCACUUAAGGUUGGCUAGAGUACUAAACUAAAUCGUUUUCGUUCAGUAUGGUAAAUUUGAUUGCCUAAUACAGUUUAUAACGAUCAUGUAGUAAUGAUUCCGCAUUCGCGACAACCGGUUACAACUUUAAAAUGUGAUUUCCAUCUUACAAACGCGACAUAUACGACAGUGCCGCGGAUAGACGCGUCCUUGAAAUGGAAAAUUACUGAAUUCGACGAUAGAUUCAGAAGCUGAAAUAACCUUUGGGUCGACAAAGUCGUUAAACGUGUUGAUGCAAGACUAAGACUUUGUUUGGCAUUCCUGAGAUUCAAGCUUUUUAGCGAUGAGUUUGCCUAUUCAAAAGAUUGUUAUAUAACAGUGAACCGGCCCUAGGUGUCUACUCUCGUCCGGAGCUUAGGCAACCUCCGGCUUUAAAGGGGGUAUCAAUCGAAUUAUUUCAUCGUCAUGGACUUUCUUUCAAGUGCUACUUUAAUUUCCGUAAUGUGUGCGAAAUUGUUGUUAGUAUUUUGCAUUUGUUUGUCGCUCAACCUGUUGCUUUCAGCUGCGGAUAAAAUAAAGAGGUUUCAUUUGAAAAAGCUACGAAUAAACAGCACAACAGGCUCCUGAAACAGAAAGGUUCUCAGUCUUAAACUGAAAAACUCACGGAUACUUGUAUCUACAUGUUUUAAGGCUUUAUUGACCCCGAGAACAUUUUCCGAAAACUCCUCGAAGUAAGUAAUUUUCCAUCACAAGGAGACAAGGACAGGACAGGCCUAACCGUGUUUACAUGUCAACAACUAGACAGUCACUAUUUCUGCUCGAAGAAAAUAAAGAGGUGCCUGCAUGGACAUAUACAAGAACUUACAAACAACUUACCCGAGUCAGUCCUUACUGAGGGUCAGGGUCCUAAAAAACGUCAACUGGUAAUAAAUCUAGAAUUAAACGAGAUAAAUUUGAAAUUUAUGAAGCCGAACUGGAAAGAAACUGGACAUGUGAGUUCACGAAUAAAGUCUGCUUUGAUUGAAUACUUUUCCAUGAUGAGAAACCAAUCAUUCUUUAGUUUGUUCCGAUUUGCCCUUACUUCCCAACAGCACAAUAGCUUUCAUUGUCAAUGUCUCCAGAUGAGGUUUGAGUCUUAGACUUAAUAUUUAAAAAGCAUAAAGGUUAUUUCUUCCGAUGCUGAAGCAUGCUAAUGCCAGGUACAUAUUUGUUUUCAUAUCUGUGUUAAUUCUGUCAACUCAAAGUAUUUUAACCUCAGCACGGAGUCAUCAUCAAAACCACUGAUUGUUAAAUUUUUUUUCAACACAAAUGUAAUGGGAGACACUGAAGGCUAAGAAAACUCAGCAGAUAAGCACACAUAUUAUCAAUAUUUGUUAACUUCACAGCCUCCUUCCUGAUCCCUUACUUGAUUUGCUUGGUGUUCUGUGGAAUUCCUAUCUUCUACUUGGAAGUUGCUCUUGGUCAGUACGUUGGAAAAGGAAUCGUCAAAUCAUGGGCGGCAAUUUGUCCUUUGUUUGGAGGCAUGUACUGCAGUUCAUUAUUUAUAUUGUCAAGCAUUAACCCUUUAACUCCUAAGAGUGACUGGCAUUUAAUAUCUCCUUACAGUAUCACCCUUGAAUCAAAUGUAAAGGUCACAAGAAUAACGGAACUUAUCAUUAAUUUAGGAAGCUCCUGAUUGUCAAACAAAUUCUCCUCCUCGAUUCCAGGGGAAAUGUAAGGAGGAAAGAAUGGAGAAUAUAAAUACCAAUGUUAGGGUGUAAAAAAAACCUUCUAAGAGCAAUUUGAAGGUGUUUUAGGACCUUAUCAAAGUGCAUACCAUUAACUUGAGAUAGGAUUAAAAAAGGAGUCUCACUCACAAAAGUGGUAGGGACCUUCAAACCACGAGAAGGGUGGAGAUAAUAAAACUAUUUUGGCCAAUUUCGUCAGUCUCACUGACAACACAGAAGCACAGCACAAUACAGCACAGAAGAGUUGUUACCUUGAUGGACAAUGGCUCCAAUUACCCAAUAUAAAACUAGUUGUUAAAACAGUAUUUUGUGUAAUUGCAGGGCUUGGGUAUGCUAUGUUAGUGAUCACCUUCCUAAUCAGCGUUUAUUACAAUGUCAUCAUCGCUUGGACUCUGUAUUAUUUGGUUGCGACUUUCCGAAAGACUCUGCCUUGGGGUGAAUGUGGAAAUGAUUGGAAUUCUAACUACUGCAAGUAAGUUACUACUAUAAUCAAAAAUCAAGACGAUUAGUAUCAUUGCUAUAGGAGAGUGUAUAAACACAUGUGAUAAGAAGGAUGUAAACAUCUAACAGCAUGAUACAUACAGAGUGACUGAAAAUAACUCUCUGUCUAGUACACCCUUAGAUUACAUCAUUUAAGGCUGCAGCUACAGGCAUGAAAUAGCGCUAUAUCUAACUGACUUAGCGUCUCUGUUGCCUUCAGUGGGCUUUAAAACUUUGCGUAUAUUUCAUUCUGAUGUUUAUUAAUUCAUUCUUUUUGCUUUAUCUUUUUCUUUUUAAGGAAAGACCGAGUAAUGGAUGCAAGAGUGAACUGCACAGCCAUUGGUCUUCCUGUCAACUGUACUGGAAGUUACAUUUCUCCCGAGGAAGAAUACUUCAAGUAAGAAAUAUGUCCACUGCGCAAUUAAAUUCAUUGACUCUAAGUACGCGAACAAUGAGUUUUCAAACAGCUUUGAAGAAAGCUUGUAUAACCAUUUUCACUCGAAAAACGUGGCAAAGGAGAAAAAUACAGGAAAUGGGGAGAGAGGCGGAGUGGGGCAAAGUUCCUUUCAUCUCUAUCUUUGUCGGGGUUUAGAAAAAUAAUCAUUGCUAACAAAAUGAAAAUAAGUCAUUUCCCCAAACGCCAGUAAGUCACGACUUUAGGACCACUUACCGGAAAAUCCAUAUACUUAUGUUAUGUUAUUAUUCAUCAAUACAGGAUAGGGGGAUUUCGCCUUCUAUGUUGGAGGAAAGUGAUUUAAACUUUUAAUUCAAGUUGUGACCGUCUUUAUUGUUUUAGUAAUCACGUCCUCAAGUUGUCUGAUGGAAUUGAUCAGCCAGGAGAAGUACGUGGAGAGCUGGCUGCCGCGUUACUUGUAGGUUGGAUCGCUGUUUACUUCUGUGUGUGGAAAGGGGUGAAAUCAGUUGGAAAGGUAUUUCUCUUUAUAAUUUUAACCACUGUCAUUCUCAUGAUAAUAAUAAUAAUUUACGUGGAGACCCCGGCUCUAAGAAUAAUAUAUUCAAAGUUCUAAGUGUUGCUAUAAUGAUAUCAAAAUCAGUUAUCGUGGAAUCUACUUGAUAGUAUAAUCUUUUUCAAAAUGGCGUCUGAUGAUGAAAAUCCUUAUUUACGUAAAAUCUACCCGGGAAAUUCGCACCAGUAACCAAAUGAUCCGAAUGAGCAUUUUUUACUUGGUUAUCUUGCAAAGUGUCAUUCAACUAAGCUUUGUUUCAUGUAAGAGAUGAUAUGGUUGAGGUGAAUUAUUUACUUCAACCAUGAAGUGGUCUGCCAAUGAAUAAUUGUUGUCAUUUCUGAGUCGAUAUUCGCUGCAUUAACCUGGAUCAUCCAAUUUGGAUUAUGAUCUUGCUAUGGGGGUUAUUUAUACUCAUGCAAAACUUUUUUAACUUUGGUCACCAGUUUUAAGGUGGUUUAUUCUCAAAAGCAUAACGAAAGAACAGUUGUAACUACACUGAACACUUGUUGAUGUUCCUGAUACCGGAAUUAACCCUUCACUCUAACAAAGAGCCAACACUCAAAAGGCCAGCCUUUGACACUCUUUACAGUGGCCAAUUUACAUUAUCAACUCAGCUGAUAAAUAAAAUCAUCUUGAUACAUCCCCAGUCGACAGAGCACCAUAGUUCUUUAGAAGUUUACCCUCUUUGUUCCUGAUACAGGUUGUGUACUUCACUGCGUUGUUUCCCUACUUGGUUUUGUUCAUCCUUCUUGUGCGAGGUGCUACUUUGGAGGGAGCUGGCGAUGGAGUCUUGUUCUAUUUGAAGCCUGAGUUCUCCAGACUCUCGGAUCCAAAGGUGAGAAUUUGUGGUCCUUGUCUGGAGUUAUGAGGUUCCAGUUUACUAAGUAGAUAGGCAUUGCCUCAUCUUAUGCUCUGCUGUUCUCCGGGAAAAAAUAUGGAGUUUUCGAGCCGACAAAGACCACAACGGUAACGCCAGCCACGACUAAAAACUAUUACAUUAUAUAUACACCAAGAGAUCGCUCUUGAUAUGUACGUAUGUUGCAUGUUUAGUGAAGGACAGGUUUGACAUGUUAACAAAAUUCCGCAAAAUUAUCCAAGCGUAAGAUGCCCUAAGGAAGUGUUGUUCAGCCAUUGUUUUGGACCAUGCCUUUGCUAAUACUUGACUAGUUUCUUUUAUUGUAUUGAGUAGUCGCCAAAAACGUAUUACGUGUUAUAUGAACCGUCUAUUAACAGCGCCAAUGCCUUAGAAGAAUAUCACAUCUGUUGUAAUUUCCACAGGUGUGGGUGCAAGCCGCCGGUCAGAUAUUUUAUUCACUCAGCAUUGGCAUGGGAGGACUUCUCACCUACAGCAGUUUUAACAAGUUCAACAACAAUUGUGAAAGGUAAUAAAGACGUAGCCCUAAAAGCGAAAAUGAUUUCUAACCAUAAGACUUACUCUGACCUCCAUAUACAAAAGACAAGAAUAGGGAAAAAAACUAGGCCAGGAUCUCUCUUCCUUCCCUGUAUAUGGAGCAAAGUAUUCCAAAAUUUAAUUCAAUUUUCAUAUUUAAUUCUUGGAGACCUAGAGCCUUACUCCUUUCGUGACCAAGAGCCCUGGAGGCCCUAAAUUCCUCCAAGAUUCUAAUUUCAUCCCCAUGUAAGAUUCAAUCUCUAACUGAAUUAUCAUCAAUUACGAGUAAGAGCAAGACACUUCUGUCUGGUUGCUCCUGCUUUUAACUAAUUUUUAAAAUAGUAUCAAAUUCAAUUUUCAGGGACAGCGUAGUGGUAUCACUUAUCAACUGCUUCACCAGCUUUUUCGCGGGCUUUACCGUUUUCACUAUGAUGGGGUUCAUGGCACACUUACUGAAAACUGAAGUUGGAAAUGCAGUUAAAGGAGGUAAUAGCCUUAAACUGCAGUAUUUAUCAAGUCAACCUGUUAUCUUAGCUUGUCUUUGAAAGAAAGCGAUAAAAUCAAGUUUGUUUCUUUCCCAACAUUUAGGGCGCCAAUGGACUGGAAACUCCUUCUAAAACAAAUGUAUUUAAUUCUCACCUGGAGAUUUUUCCAUGCCUACAACUUUACACUACUUUGUGUCCCUUAUCUACCGAGAGACAUUUCAUUUGUUAAUAUGUAAGAAACUGUAAAUGAUAUUCAGUUAUACAAGUUCAGGUGUGGUUUAAGUGAGUUUCUGAUAAAGGCAAUGACAAUAAUGGUUUCUAUCCCCUGCCUUUAGCCCCAUGGUUCUAUUAUUUCAAUGAGUAGCUGAGCUGUGCAAGCACAGGGUUGCAUCCCCCUGUAGAUUGUAUACUUUAGAGAAAGCCUACCUGCAACCUCCUGUCUACUGGCACUCUACACCUUUAAGUGAAAAGCGAGUAAAGUUUCAAUAUCAUGUGAAAUCUCUAUCCCUUCUAUUCGAAAUGUGCUAAGUAUAUAUAAAAAAAAUAUUUGUUUUAUAUUCAGGACCAGGUCUGGUGUUUAUGGCGUUUCCUGAAGGAAUCAAACAGCUUCCAGUAUCUCAACUCUGGGCAUUUCUCUUUUUCUUUAUGUUGUUUAAUCUUGGACUUGACAGCCAGGUUAGUAUGUAAAACCGAUUUGAUCUAACUCUUCCCUAGCGCAGAUCAUUAGAUUUCGCCUUCAUAUUAUUUAGAUUAAACUGAUCAUAGAGUCUCCUUGAAAGGGUAUGACGAAUGACAUGAAUUUUUCAUUUUUCGCCUAACUAACGUCAUCCCUUCCCUUUAAAUAACUCUGGGCUAAAUAAUAUUAUUUAUCAAUCCUUCAAUCCCCCAGAUCUAGCUGGUAACUCUCCCUUUCUGGGUUGAUUAUGUCUUUGUAUUAAUUUGGUGCCACAUCUCGUUAGUACCCCUUUGCUGAUAAGUUUUUUCUUUCUCAUCAUUUUUUCUCUGGAUUUCACCCAGAGUAGUUACGUGUUUAUUACUUCUGGGAGUUAAAAAGAGAGGGCAGAGCGAACGGAGAAGUUAGGUGAUGCGCUAGAACAAAUAUAAGUGGAACUUGUGAGCAGGAAGUUCUGUCAAAUUGAGGGCAUUUCGAUUGACUCUCCUAAAACUAAAACCAAAGUAAUCACAAAAGCUCAUCAGAACGAAGAAAAAUAUCACAAGGAGUUAUGAAAACUCAAAGUCGAAAAAAAGCCAAAAAGCUAAAGCGCGGUAAAGCGCGAGCACCAAAGUCGCUGUUGGUUUCAGUUUUGAAUCUGAAUGUUUGAGGAAGUGUGCCAGUUUCUGGAUCAAUGAAAACCAAGGUAAAUCCUUAUCACUUUCGACGCUCUGUCGAUAAUAACUUUUAUAGCUUAUAAUUAAUUGUCCGCAAACUGGGUGGAAGAAUUUUGAGAUAAGUGUCGAUGACUUAUCAGUGAUACAUGUAUUUCAUUCCUUUUGAAGUUUGUUGGCGUAGAAACUUGUACCACGGUUAUUCUGGACUGGUCACCACGCAUGCGUAAAUACAAGUCUUUCAUUUCCCUUGGCUUCUGUAUCAUCUGUUACAUCCUUGGACUUGCACACGUUACGCAGGUAAUCCUAACUAAAAAAUUGCUAUUUAGCUAAUUUAUUAUAGCCAUGAGCCUUUAUAGGCAAAUCACCGAAUUAACGUGGAAGUUGAUCUGAUUAACCGUUCCUGACCAUAAACAGGUACAUACAAUGGAAAAACACCAGAAACUUUGAAUAAAUUUCAAACCUAUAGAAGAUACCGAGACACUCACUUCCAUUUGCUCCAAAUUUUUUUUUUUUUAGAUACUUAAUAUUUCAUUUGCGGCGAAAACUCAAUGUAGGCAUUUGUUAUUAGCCUUUUUUCCAACCUGCCUCUUCAUAGAAAGUGAUGACACUUAAUAACUUUCUCUGAGAAACAUAAAAUACUUUUUUCUUUCGUUUUAAUCGAUUACUGCCGUAUAUUCAUCAAUCCUUUUAUUUUUUAUCUUCUUGAAGGGUGGACUGUACGUGUUCGAGAUGUUUGACAUUCAGAGCGGAGGAAUCUCAUUGGUUCUUAUUGCGCUUCUUGAAACUGUCGCUAUUGGAUGGGUGUAUGGUGAGGAAAACAAACUUUACAACCUGCUCGAUUACUUUAAAAGCUGAUUGGUUCAGCUGAAAAUGGGGUUAGGUUUGUCUUCCAGAGACAACUGUUUGAGAUGUAGGCUGCUUCUACUGUUUAAAAUGGACCACAUUCUGUAACUAUAAUUGUGCAUUCAGAUAGGAAAAGUUAGAGGCCAGUUCUUCAUUUACUUGUUUUCAUUAUUUUGUAACAGGCACAGAAAAAUUCUGCAAAAACAUCGAAAGCAUGGUGGGGCAUCGACCAAACAUCUAUUUCAGGUGGUGCUGGAAGUUUAUCUCACCUGUCAUUAUUCUGGUAAGGGAACGUUUCAUAACCGCUGGCAAAAUAUCUAAGCUAUUUCCGCCCGUGAUACAUAACUUCUCCAAGGGAAUUUUAUUAACCAGAAAUUUCGAAAUAAAGAAAGAAAAUAUGCCACUAUCACAGGUAUAAUGCAAGCUUUUAAAGAAACUGACGCAUCUGAAGGGUAAAGUGAAGGGUUGUUUUUCAGAAGACCAUCGUAAGUGUGGUAUGUGAAAAAUAAUGCCAGUUUCCCUGAGAGCCCUUUAGUUGAAAGACAUAACUAAUGUACUUCGGAUGUGAUAGGUCAGUUUCAUACCACACUCUAUAAGAUAAUGUGGAUCUCAACUCAGUGUUUAACCUAAAGCACUCAGUAUGUUACACUUCUUCCCUGCCAUCAGGUCAUAUUUGUCUGGCAGUGCGUGGAAUGGUCUGGACUGUCACUUGGUGACUACAAAUAUCCCGUCUGGUCCGAAUUUGUUGGGUGGGGACUUUGUCUCUCUUCUAUUCUUUGUGUUCCCGGUUACGCCUUAUACAGGCUACUGACUGAUGACAAAUCUCUCCCACUCAAAGAGGUAAGAAGAUCCUCUAACCAAUUUUAAUCAAUGCUGUUAUCAGAACGCUGUAAACCUUUUUCAGUGAACAUUAUCAAAACAGCGUUUUGCACAAGCAAAACCUCCAAUAAACAGUGCUGAUACUCUUAAUUUUGACAACUGGAGUAAAGCGACCUCAUGUGAACAACAGCAAAGAAAGUGUACAGUUAACUGCACCACCUCGCAUCUCAUGCAAUAUCAGCUGAAAACAGUAUAGAACGAAAUAGCGCAACCCAUGUUUUCUAUUCUCUGUCGGAAAAAAAAAAACAAAUUCCCGUCUCAUUUCAAUGUGAUCCACAGAGCCGCCUUUUUUUAUGCUGGUGAAGGGGAUCAAUUAUACUUCCAUUUAUAUUUCAAAUAAAUGCUUCUUCCUUAGUGGUUGGAGAGUGUCCACUGAACAGGAGUCUGCCUCUUGCUUUACAAAGUACAAUUUUGAUGAAGUUAAAAGAGGGUUAGCUCGAUAGUAAUCUGGUAAUAGUAAUUUACUGAUAUUCUUUUAGAAAAAUUAUCAGUGCUUUUCGAUCAUCAAACUUGCCGAUCAAUUUUCUUGUGUGUUUUUUUAGAGAUUUUUGAACUUGCUAAAGCCUGAUGAAGCAACUAUGCGGAGGAUUGAACAACAAAAUGGGAUUCCCUCCAAAACCGAAUUUGCGCUGGUA